AUUAACCUUAAACCGGAAAUCGGUAGAGCCAUCUAGUUACGAACAAUUCCAAAGUGUGUUUGUUGUCAAAUAUUUUUUUUAUCGCCGAAAAAGUUUAAUAUUAAUAAUCUUAAAUAAAUAAUUAUUUCCCAAAAACAAGAACCAGUUAUUCUAAAAAGAUGAGUCGUAAAGAAGCAUUAACACAAUUUAUUCAACAAAUUCAUGGCCGUCCAGUGGUAGUUAAACUUAAUAGUGGCGUUGAUUAUAGAGGUGUCUUGGCCUGUCUUGAUGGAUACAUGAAUAUUGCUUUGGAACAAACCGAGGAAUACGUUAAUGGUCAACUAAAAGACAAAUACGGUGAUGCUUUUAUUCGUGGAAAUAAUGUUUUAUAUAUAAGCACACAAAAACGUAGAACAUAGUUUUUUUUAAGUUCUUUAUUAAAUAUGAAUUAAAUGUAAGUAUUUUUUUUUUUUUUGAAUACAUGAAUUAAUAUACA